CCUGUUGACAGUCAACUCUAAAAUAGAAGGCAACAUCUGUGCAUAUUCCAUCCUCGUAUGGUCCAGAAUCCUUCCUCUGAAAAUUAUUGAUAAUUACUUAAUAUUCGGUAGGAUAGGGGUAGCAGGUAGGGUAUACUGACGAUGCCAGUCAAGUGGUAAUUUCGCGUGGGACGAUUUGAUUGAAACUGGUGCAGAGGAAAAAGUGGAGAAAAUUCAGUUUUGCGUUGUAGUAUGCAAGGCAGCGUGGAUUACUCGACGCUUCUGUUGUUAAAUAGUAGGUAGAGACGCAGAAGUCAUGCCGUUAUGUGCAGUGUGCUCGCUAUUUUGCCUCUGUGUGCAGUGAUUGUGGGUUUCUUCUGUUUUGUGUUGCAGUUUAUCGCCUUGCCUUCUGAUGAAUGGGGGCACUUCUCAACGAGGAAGAUACGAGGUAUACCAGAAGAAAAAGGCCACUACGGGCUAUGGCGUCUUUGCUCCAUCAAAGGAAAUUCGCCCGUCGAAACAUGUGUUCAUCCAGAGGAUACUACAUACCAACUUCCGACGUAUGCGAAUGCAGCGGGUGCUAUAUCCAUCAUACAUUUGAUACUUAUCGCCUCUUUUGUAGUAUUGGCAGUUAUAAGGGUUCUGCAGAUAUCUAAGAAUGCACCAGACCUGUACCUGGGCACGAAGCGGCUCUGCAUUGUAAAGGUGGCCGUAGCCUUGAUAUGCGUUAUCCUUUCUAUUACUGUAUCUAUUUUGGCGAGUGUUGGCGAGGGACGAUUUCGCCAGUUUAACGUCUUCAAAGGAUGGGCAUUUUGGAUUCAGAUUCUAAUCAUAUCUGUGGAUAUCGUUCUUCUUCUGGUAUGCGCUUUUGAGAACAUACAAUAUUGGCAAGUCCGUAUGGUGGAACCUCCACCUCCAGAUCCAACUGACUUAUAUCCAGAAACCUUCAUAACUCCAGACUACGAGAUACCUACGGAUCUCAGGGGUGAGCGAAUAGUUUACGUCAAAGACGCCAGUGUACAGUCACAACUGGACGGAGAUGACGGAGACAACUACCUACAGGUACCUGAUGCCACCUAUCGAACAAAUGAGAAAUCACGCAAGAAGGGCAGAACAUUUGUCGAACCCGGUGAGGUACAUUUCGACACAAAAGGAGCUACUGUCAUCACUAUUAGCGGACGCGACAGCCCACACCCUCGUAAGAAAAACACCGCACACCCUACUCGUGUCAUAUGAAACCUUGACUUUGGUGCAAUAAUGACAGAACAAACAAAGUGUCCAUGCAAGAGGAAUUAAUAGACUACAUUGUGAGAAACGAUUCGUUUUUUCAAGAACUGAUGUUAAGGAUAUUUUAAGGACAUUAAUACCAUAACUAACAAUUUCAUCGAUUAUUAAUUAUUUUUACGAAAAUAUCAAUAAACCAUUUGGAAUUUUACUUUGUCA